CGUUUCCGGCGUCCGUAUGAGGGCGAGCGGUGACGUCAGGCCGACUGCGCCGUGUGCCGUGCAGUGUCCGCCGCCGGCGGCGCCGGGCCGGCCCGCGCAGUGGUCGGGGCGGUCGAACGGGGGACGGGCGGUCAGCGGCGGCGCAGCGCGACUGCAGACAUGAGGGGACUCAGCGCUACAGUGGCGAUCCUGGCGGUAGUCGGCGUAGUUAACUCGCAAGAUAACAUGUACGGCACGGGCGGUUCGAGCUGGAGCACCUCCACGGGCGGCAGCUCCAGCUCCAGCAGCUCCAGCUCCAGCUCCAGCGGCGGCGGCAGCAUCAGCAACUCGGCCAUCAGCCAGUCGCAGGCCGGGGGACGGGUGGAGAUGCAGUGCGGCGGCGUCGGCGACCGGGUCUGGUUCAGGGAAGACGGCGGCGGUCGCCGGGAGCUGGCUCGGAACGGUCAGCUCGGCUCGGCACCCGCCCGGUACCGUCUGCAGUCCUCCGCCGGCUACGACACUCUCACGAUCAACCCCACGGAAACUUCCGACACCGGGAAGUUCAUUUGUGAGACGAGAAGCAGCAAUGGACUGACAUCGACACACACUUAUACGCUGACCAUUGGCAGCGGAGGCAGCGGAGGCGGCGGUAAUGGCGCCGCGGGGCCGCGGACGACCACCGGCGCCGCCGCCGGCCUCAUGGGGGCCAUGAUGCUGCUGCUGUAGCUCCGGCGCCCCAGCUGCUGCAGGACGCCCCCGACGGACGCCCUGCUCAUGGGCUGUGUGCCAGCGAUCUGGCGUCACUAUCUGCCCGGAUGGGUCGGCGCCUGUUUUGGUUGGCAUUAGGAGUGUCUUGGCGUGGCUGCUUGUUGGCGUGACUCUUUCACGGAUUCCCAGUCCUGUAUCUUGUUUGGAGUGUCGCUGCUGCCUUGUUCGGAGGCCGUUGCUGUUGAUGUGGGACGACUAGUCGGAUGUUUGAUAGUGCAUAAAAAAAUAGAUGAGGUUUAUUGAACGGAUGUGCCGUCUAGCUUUAGGCUGUUCCGGUGUACGCGACUAAGGGAAAGGAUAAACUAUUGGAUGUUUUUUAGAGAAGGGAUGCUUUAACUGAGAUCAUCUGGGUAAAUAUUGUUAUUGGUUCUUGGCAUUCGCACCCCAUCCUUGAGCCAUUGGUGUACAGGGUAUCUGCUAUGGAGGUGUGUGAGGCAUUCCACAGCCAUUUAACGGCGAAUGUUGAACAUUCGUUACGAGAAGACGCGUUGUUGCAUUAUUACUAAGUUUUGCCUUGUACUUAUAUUACGGCCUACAUAUAACGACGCCAUGAAUAAUGCGAAAAGGCAUGAGACAAUGUUAGGCAGGGUUCGGCAUCUAUCUCCUUAGCGAUUUAAAAACGUUGUGAUGGUUGUGACUUUUUGAAUACAUGUGUUUUCGAUGCA